AUGCGUCCAUGGUUGCGCGAAGCGAUCUCUUCGACUCGCCCUCUUGAAUACAACUUCACAGUAGAUGGGCCACUUACAUGGCGUAGCUUCCACCAGAUGGCUGGAAGUGGUUCAGCUGAAUCUUGCCAACCCCAACCAGUGCCGCAGCUCCGAGUCAGCGCCGGUCCUCCCGUCCUUUCUAGUGCUGCGGCAAGUCAGACUUCCAAUUGUCUGCAUAAAAAUCACUCGGCAUCUCAUGCAGUAGGGUAUGUGCAUCCAUCCAAUAAUCAUCAGCAAAAUCAAAGUCAUCUUAAUCAGCCGUACAAUCAUAUUCAAUAUACAUCGCUUCAGCAUCAGCAGGCUUUAUGCUCAGACUUCGGAAAUGACACUCCGACUGAUCGUGAUCGUGGUCGGGAUUCCUCAAAUAGCACUCAAUCAGCAUCAGGCCUUAUCUCAUCAGGGUUUUCUUGUUUAGAUCCCGAACAACAACCUAUACAAGAGGAGGAUGGUCUACUUAUUUCGCCCUUCUGUUUACGCGACUGG